CCCCCAAAAAAAGGUGGUUGCAACUAGGUUUCAAUGAGAUCAUCUCCUUCCUGUGCGAAAUGACGAUUGGACUCAGGCAAUGGAUGCAGUCAAGUUGUUGUGGCCACCGGGAAGUGAGGACUUAGAGGCGAGUGGAGAAAACCAAUUUUGUCUCGAGUGGGAUACUCGACCGAGAAUUCAUCUAAACUUUAAGAUUGAGCGAGCAUCUUCAUCUGCGAGGAGCGCUUCUGAGGUUCAUUGUCGACUUAUUUGAUACGACAGAAGUUCGGCCGCAGAAGUUGGGAUUUGGAUGAACUGGCUGCGACGCAACGCCUUCAAAGUGUGGAAUACUCUGACUGCUGCUCCUUUGAAUGAUGCCUGUCUGCUUCAAGGGGAUUUACUGUCUUUUGGCGUUUCUGCACCUUUGCUCAGGAUCUCGUCUUCGCCAGGAAGACACCCCUCCCCGCAUCGUUGAGCACCCCUCUGACCUGAUUGUGUCCAAGGGGGAACCAGCCACUCUCAACUGUAAGGCCGAGGGCCGUCCACCACCCACGGUAGAAUGGUACAAGGACGGGGAGCGUGUCGAGAUCGACCGCGACAACCCUCGCGCGCACCGCAUACUCUUGCCUAGCGGCUCGCUCUUCUUCCUACGCAUCGUCCACGGACGGAGGAGCAAGCCCGACGACGGCAGCUAUGUGUGCGUGGCCCGCAACUAUCUGGGCCAGGCAGUCAGUCACAAUGCGUCGCUGGAAGUAGCCAUUUUACGUGAUGACUUCAGACAGAACCCAGUGGACGUCAUGGUUGCAGUGGGCGAGCCUGCAGUGCUGGAGUGCCAGCCACCCCGUGGACAUCCUGAGCCCACAAUCUCGUGGAGGAAAAAUGGUUUGAACUUAGGCGACAGAGAGGAACGAAUUACAAUCCGCAGCGGCAAGCUGAUGAUCACCAACAGCAGGAAGAGUGACGCAGGAAAAUACAUUUGUGUUGGAACCAACAUGGUCGGGGAGCGCGAGAGUGAAAUCGCUGAACUCACCGUGCUUGAGCGCCCCACCUUCCUCAAGCGGCCCAGCAGCGCGGUCGUGUUGGCAGACGGGAGUGCCGAGUUCCACUGUGCGGUUCAAGGUGAUCCUGUUCCCACUGUCCGCUGGAGGAAAGAGGAUUCUGAGCUGCCGCAGGGCAGAUAUGAAAUCCUAGAAGACCACACGUUGAUUGUUCGCCAAGUGACCUCUUCAGAUGAAGGUUCUUAUACAUGUGUGGUGGAGAACAUGGUUGGCAAAUCGGAAACAUCUGCCACGCUUACUGUUCACGUGCCGCCUGCAUUUGCCUUACGACCCAGGAACCAGGUGGCAGCAAUAGGCAGGACCGUCACCUUCCAGUGCGAGGCCACUGGCAACCCGCAGCCUGCUAUCUUCUGGCAGAGGGAGGGCAGUGAGAGUCUCUUGUUCUCAGCCCCGCAGGCCUUCAGCCGAGUGUCUGUCUCCCAGAUGGGCAGUUUGACCAUCACCGAUGUUCAACAUUCUGAUGGCGGGCUGUACAGCUGCCAGGCUCUCAACAUCGCUGGCAGUGUUAUUACCAAAGUAUUGUUGGAAGUUACCGACUCCAGCUCGGAACUGCCUCCCCCAGUAAUUAGACAGGGCCCGGUCAAUCAGACUGUUCCUGUGGACAGCACCGUGGUGUUGAGUUGCCAUACGACCGGCGUGCCACCUCCUUCGGUCCACUGGAAGAAAGAUGGUGCGGUGUUGUCACCAGCGGACACGCGCUUGUCCGUAGCAGAAAGCGGCUCACUUGAGAUUCGUUACACGAAGCUCGGAGAUACAGGCUUCUAUACUUGUGUGGCUACGAGUCCCAAUGGAGAGGCCUCCUGGUCAGCACAUUUACAAGUGGAGGCGUUCGGGGUCGUGGUCCAGACCAGCCGACCUUCAGGCCCCAACCUGAUACCCGGUGCUCCGACUAAACCUGAGAUCACUGACGUCAGUCCCACUUCCGUCGCCCUCUCAUGGGAAACCAAUCCCAGUGGAGGUGCAACGCCUACCUCAUAUCUCAUCGAGGGAUUCAGUCAUACUUUAGGCAGCAGAUGGGUGACACUAGCCGAGCAUGUGAAGAUGCAGAGCUUUGUCCUGAGGAACCUGAAGCCGGGCACCGUCUACCUUUUUCUGAUCAGAGCAGUCAACGCUUACGGCCUCAGUGACCCCAGCACCAUCUCGGAUUCCAUCCGGACACUCGACAUCACUUUUACUGCUGAGGGAACAGAUCCUCGUCACAUCCAAAGGGAGUUGGGCGAUGUGGUGAUCCACCUAAACACACCCACGGUCGUGUCGCCCUCUGCGGUCCGGGUAAACUGGAUGGUCGAAAAGCACUCGCUGUAUAUCCAAGGCUACAAGUUGUUGUACAGGCCCUCGGCUGAACACGGUCAACCUGAGGGUCAGUGGAGUGCGCUGGACGUACGUGCCCCACAUAAGGACGGAGUGGUGAUCGGUCAGCUCAGGAGAGGCGCCAUCUAUGAGUUCAAAGUGCGUCCCUUUUUUAACGAGUUCCAGGGAGCUGACAGUGAGGUGAAGGUGAUCAGAACGUUGGAAGAAGCACCGAAACGAGCACCCCAGGAUGUUACAGUAACAAAGGGUGAUACCAAUGGCACUGCAGUCCUCAUAUCGUGGAAAGCACCUCCGGUCCCGGAGGAGGCAGGAGUCAUUCAGGAGUACAAGAUCUGGUGCCUGGGUAACGAGAGUCGCCAUCACGUGAACCAGUCAGUCGACGGCUACACCUUCUCGCUGCUCGUUGCCGGUCUGGCGCCGGGGAUUCGCUACGGUGUAGAGGUCGCGGCAAGCAAUGGUGCCGGACCUGGGGUCAAGAGCAAGGUCAUAUUCUUCCAGUUUGACUCUGCUGGUCAGAUGAUGGAUCUCAGCGAGGGAAAGGACGCCUUCUCGCACAUUUCCGACGUGGUGAAGCAACCGGCCUUUAUCGCCGGCAUUGGCGCCACCUGCUGGUUCAUCCUUAUGAUUUUCAGCGUGUGGCUGUAUCGUCACCGUAAGAAGAGAAGCGGCCUCAGCAGCACAUACACCGGCAUCCGCAAGGUGCCGUCUUUCACAUUUACACCAACAGUUGCAUAUCAAAGAGGAGAAUCUGUGUGCAGCGCUGGCAGACCCGGCUUUCUCGGCAUGGCCGAACCUAUGAACCCGCUGUGGCUGCCAGACAAUUGGCCAAAUUCAUGUGCCAAUCGUAAAGAUUGCAGCAUCAACUGCUGCAAUAACGGCAACGGCACCAGUGACAGUAACAUGACAACAUACAGCCGACCGGCCGAUUGCAUUGCCAACUAUGGAAAGCACCCAGAUAACAAACAUGUCUCCGAGACAGCUAUUUAUACUGACGUCAACCUCGGCGAGAAGCUCCACGACAUCAAGACAUUCAACAAUUCCAACUUGUGCUACGCAAGUCCAGGAGGAGAUUCGUCAGAUGCAUAUGAACCAAUCCCCUACGCUACCACCCAACUUAUUCAGGCCAGUAUUAAAAACAAGGCUCACGCCUUGGAGCCGAUUGACAUGCCCUGCUGGAAUCAGCCACCAAACCCUCCUCCACUGCCAAAAGAGAUGGCCACACAGAUGCAAUACAAUAUCUUUGAGCAAAACACUCUAAAUGAAGAUCAUCCACAAGGAAAUGAAGGCUUAGUCCAUCACAAAACCGUCGCCUGCAACCAUAACCAAGAUCACAGCAUGGGAGGCUCGCACCACAGCUCAGACAGGGGUAGCAACAGCACCUCCGGAAGUCAAAAUCAAAAGAAAGGACCGCGGGCCAUGAAGACUCCAAAACAUACUGCUGUUAGCUGGGGAGAUGCUCUUUCCCCUCCUCAUGCUAUUGCCUGGAACGGUGAUGAGUACAGCCUCCCCAUGGAGAAGAGUUUUGAUGCAGCGAGACGAACAGAAGGCUGCCCGACUCCACCGAUUCGCGGGGCGGCAUCAUCUCCCCCCGACAUGUCCUGUAGUCACCAAACUGCGACACAUCCGCAGGCACUCGUCAUGAGCAACGGUGUGCACGAUGGAAUCAACCACCUCAGCUCCACCCCCCUUUACAUGGACACUGACGAGCAAGACGAGGACGCAGAGGAGGAGACGGCACAUGAUCAAAACCACCACCAUCUGCACCGAAACCAACAGCACAAACAAAAGUUACCUCACCACUCCCCGCACAAGCUGCUUUGCCACAGGCUGGAACAGACCCCCGCCUCCAGCACGGGGGAGCUGGAUAGAUCGGUCACAGGGUCCAUGGUUAACAGCUGGGGCUCUGCAUCCGAGGAUAACUUAUCGUCAGGCAGGUCCAGCAUCAUCAGCACCUCGGACGGAUCUUUCUUCACGGACGGAGAUUUCAGCCAGGCAGAAGGCUCGCGUAUGUGCCGAUACCCAGAGGAGUCAGGUCAGCGACCCAGCAGUCCCAUGUCCACAGACAGCAACAUGAGUCCUGCAAUAAUGCAGAAAAGGCCCAGAAGGUAUAAGCAGAACCAGUGUGUGCAACCAAGCUACCAUCCCAAAGAUGUCUUCAACGACGACUCGUUCAUGCCUCUGAAUUUCCCCAGUCAGUUAUCCCAUAGCGACUCGAGAGUAAGGGGGGCCACGUUACCCCGGAUGGGUUCUGUGGAAGCCCGGGGCCGAAGAGGCAGCACCGGGACUCACCGAGUCAGAGAGGCUCCAUUUGAAGAGUGCGAGAGCCAAGACAUUCGCAAGAUUCUACCGAGGGGAAAAGCAAGCAGCAAAAGCAAACAGCACUCAGAAUGUGGGGACAUUCUUCUGUACAGUUGUCCCUCUUUCCCAGCAGGUCCAGCUCAAAGUGAGCCUGAUGACUCCAAAGCAUCCAGCUUUAUAGCUUCUGAAGACGUGAGGAUCAAACACACAGGACAGAUGGAGUCUGUGGGAGUAGAUGAGUUCCUGAGAAGUUGAGAAUCUUUAUGAUGACACCUUAAACAUCUUACAGCUGCUUCACUGAGGGACUUUGGGGUGCAAGUGGUCGACACAGAAAAGACUAAAGUACUGCUCAAUAAAUGCUCUUUUUCUAUCACAAAUUUCUCACUCAAUGUUGGUUAGACAUGUUUAGUAUGUCUGUGGACUGUGUUUGGGCGGAGCCUCUGCCACGGGCCUGAACAAAAGGCUCGCCCCGGUGAUGUAAGAUAAAUGCGCACGUUAUGGCUGUUUACAAAAAUAUUGUUCAUGAUGAGCAUUUCUCGUGUGUUCUAAAAUGCUCGUGUCAUUUCCAGACAUCUUGUAAAUUGUUUACUGCCACAGAAGUGCUUCAAAUUGAAAUUUUAUGUGACAGUGUUAAUGUUUUAUAAGUGAUGUACAUCUUGUCCUUGUAUGGUUUGUUCUACUUUGGUUAGAAAAGCACAAUCACUUAUCAUUUUUAUUAUUAUUGUACGCAUUCUGUGGAACUGUGUAAAUCAUUUGAUAAGUUAACUUUAUUCUGAGAAAAUGAAUGUUGAUCUCAAUUUUACAUUUCAAGCAGCUGUCAGUCAGAAGUGAAAUAUCUGUUUUGUGUAAUUUUUGCAUGCACAUUCUCCUUAUGGAGGUAUUACUUAAAGAUAUUUACUUUAUCCUGAUAAUAUCCUGCUCUUGGACUGUUUUGUUUUUUAAACCCACCGGAGUCCUGUUCUUCUUUUUUUUUUUUUUUUUUUUUUUACCUGACCUUGGCCAUAACUUCUUAAAAUUAAAUCCACUGUCCCCAUUUUCCUAUUAAUCUCAUGCGGACCUAAAUGGAUUCAUAAAACAGUUUGCCAGUAAAUUGAUUUAAUUCCAUUAGCUUGGGAAAUCAGAAAGGUUACCCUCAGUAUAUGAUACAAUCACUGUACUCCAUGACAGUAAUACAGCACUAAUUGAAAUAUCCGAGUGCAUCUAAAGAACAUCACAAUGUUCAUUUUUGUAAAAAAAGAAAAAUAUUUGCCCCAAAAUUUCAUUUUGACAAAAAUAGAGCAAUCCCAGUUAACAUGGGAGAAGCCCGCAAUCACUCCAACUAACUAUUUCUCACUUUGAACUACUGUACGUUUUGCCAUACACUAAACCAACAUGGUCAACAAAACCGCUGAUGAUCAUUUAACAUUUCUAUUUAAUCUCUCUUUACAAUUUGCAUAACACGAGUCAGUCACAUACAUAUUUAUUAUAUUUGUCUGUCUGCGGAAGUUAUUGCCAGUAACAAAUUGUGUAUUAUAUGUUGCCUGUGGUAUUUUUAUAUUGAAUUUUUUUUUUUUUUGCUGCUGAUGCUAAAGAAAGAUGCAACACACAUCGUGGCAAUGCUUCAUGGCAAAGCAGGCGUGUUGUCUUUUCAAGAACAUGAAUGUAAUCACUCUGGGAUUUCUGUAUUUUGACAGUGAUGUAGCUGAGGCCAAAGGUCAACUCGUUAUAUGACUUAUUUUUAUCGAGUUCCAUCCGACCUGAGAUGUAACUGGGGUCAAAGGUCACCUUGGUAAUUUUGUUUUUCUAACAGCACUCUACCAAUUAUCAGCCAAUGCUCCUGACUGCUAAUCAGUGAUUGCUUCAAAUACACACUUGUCUGCACCCGUUUUGUACUUUUGUAAUCUCCCUUAACCAGUCAUGUGCAAAAUAUUCAACUCAUUAAGUUUAUUUAUUUUAUGCUUCAGCUAACAGUAUUGAAAGCUUAUGAAUUAUAAACAGUAGGAGGAAAGAGGACAUUUCAAUCUUAUGGAAAAUAUUCAAUUCAUUUCUUACUGCAGUACUGUACUGUACUAUUCUGAAGAAUUCAUUACAUUGAAUUAAAGAAAAGCUUUCAUUCUAUCUUUGUUUGUUUACAAAUUAAACCAGAUUUCCAAAUGUCA